UUAUUUUAUUAUUACAUUUUUUAAUAUCUCGUAAUCACAGAUAUAUAUAAUAUAUUCUCAGCAGUUUUGUUUAGGAGAGUCAUUGAAACUAGAAUUUUUGUACUCAUGGCGAUUCAGGCAUGGUUGAUGGAUGAUAGCAAUGAAGAUCCCAGGCUUCCUCACCUUGGCAACCCCAGUCAAUUUGUUUCCUUGAAUCAAUUAGCAGAAUUGGGGGUUUUAUACUGGAAACUGAACCCUAACGAGUAUGAAAAUGAUCAAGAAUUGAAAAAUAUUAGGGAAGCUAGAGGAUACAAUUACAUGGAUGUGCUUGAUUUAUGUCCCGAGAAAGUUGAAAACUAUGAAGAGAAGUUGAAGAACUUCUACACUGAGCAUAUUCAUGAGGAUGAAGAGAUUCGUUAUUGUUUGGAGGGGAGUGGAUACUUUGAUAUUCGAGACAAAGGCGAUGGCUGGAUUCGUAUUUUGAUCAAGGCUGGUGACCUUAUCAUCUUACCGGCCGGAAUCUACCACCGGUUCACUCUUGACACAACUAACUAUGUGAAGUUGAUGAGGUUGUUUAAGGGGGAGCCAGUGUGGACAGCUUAUAAUCGACCACAGGAAGAUAACCCUGCUAGAAAGGAAUACAUUAAGGGCUUCUUCACUGAGAAAAUCGGAGUGCCGCUUGCAGCUCAUUAGGGCUUUUGGACAUGUACAACUAUAUUUUGUUUUAGACAUUAUAAUUUUAUGGUUUGUGAUAGAACUCUUUGGUAUGGUAUGUUAUUGUGUAGAUUUUAUCCUAAGAGAAGACAUGUCUAUGAACCUAAAACUGAUCAAGCAUGGGAAGAAAGAAACUGUCUUAAAUAAUCUUAAGAGCAUUAGUAAAUGCUAUCUCAUGUCUAUAUUUGUUGUUCAA